UGUGUGGAGCCCAAACUUCCCCCCACUUGGUACCACGCUCUUCUGCUGUCUGCCCGCUUGCCUGCCUGCCUGCCUGCCUGCCUGCCUGCGCGCCUGUCUGCUUGCCCGCAACUCCAGUCUAGAGAGAGAGGGGCUCAGGUUUUUUUAUGCUGUGUGCACUUUAAACAAAAAAACAAAAAAGAAACAGAAGCAUCUCUGUCCGCAAUUGUUUUAACCUUCCCAGAGAAGAGGCCCCUGGAAAGAAAAGCAAAAGGCAACCACCCAGAAGAGAAGAUGAUUAUUCUGCUUUCCAUGGCGAUGCUGGCCCUGAGCCUGGCCAACGGCGUGCAAGACCAGGCCGGCAGUGCUGUCUACUCCACAGAAAAUGUUCCAGAUGUCGAGGUCAUCACCGAUUCUCCCAGCAUCGUCGCCACCCGAGGAGGUAACCUCACCCUGCCCUGCCGCCUGCACCGCACCUUUGGCUUCAACUUUGGCAGCUCUGGCAUGAGGGUGAAGUGGACCAAGUACAGUCAGGACCUCUCGCAGGAGAGUGAUGUGUUCGUGUCCAUGGGCUUCCACAAGAAGGCCUACGGGAGUUUCCAGGACCGCGCCUUCCUGCGGGAAGCUGAUGACAAUGACGCCACCCUCGUCAUCACCAACGCGGGCCUGGACGACUAUGGCAAGUACAAGUGCGAGGUCAUUGAUGGCAUGGACGACAAUGUUGUGGAGGUGACCGUGGAAUUCCAAAACACCAAGGGUGUUGUGUACCCAUACUACCCUCGCCUUGGCCGCUACAACCUCAACUUCCAUGAUGGCGAGAGGGCCUGUCUGGAUCAGGACUCUGUGUUGGCCUCCUUCGAGCAGUUGUACGAUGCCUGGCAGGAGGGCCUGGACUGGUGCAACGCCGGCUGGUUGAACGACGGUUCCGUGCAGUACCCCAUCACCAAGCCCAGGGAGCCCUGCGGCGGCAAGGCCAGCGCUGGCGUCAGGAACUACGGCAUUCGUGACAAGUCCAACAGCCUCUUCGAUGCCUUCUGCUUCACUGGGCCUCUGACAGGGCGUUUCUACUGGUUGGUCCAGCCUGACAAGCUGACAUUCGAUGAGGCCGUGCAAGCCUGCCAGAAUGACGGUGCCGAGAUUGCCAAGGUGGGCCACAUGUUUUCCGCUUGGAAGCUUCAGGGCUAUGACCGCUGCGACGCCGGCUGGCUGGCCGAUGGUAGUGUCCGCUACCCUAUCACCAACCCCAGAAAGAACUGCAGCCCGACGGAGGCCGCCGUGCGCAUGGUCGGAUUCCCCGACAAGAAGCACAAGCUCUACGGUGUUUACUGCUACAAAGCCCAGUAAGAACUCAUAACCCAGAUAUGUCAAGGUUCGAACAGAACAACCAAAGAGAUAGACGCAACAAAAAAAAAAAAAACAUGUUUUAGUACACAAUGGACUAUUAGCAUGAACUAGCAUUAUUCCACCAAACUGUGAUAACCUUUAUAUUAUAAAUACAAACUGAGAAUAAACCUCAGAUACUGUAAAAGAUACUUUAUAUACUGAAACAUUCCACACAUAUACAUUGGUAAACCGCAUAAAAGUUAUUGAAAGUUCAUGAAAUAUGAAUAAAAACAAACAAUUGGAUAUUUGGUACAUCUACAGUGUAUGCAACUCAAGUGGUAGAUGAAUGGGAUGAUAGUGGAUUGAGACACAUCAGGCUAGCUAUGAUUAUUUUCUGUGAAUGUGUCAGAGUAAUUCAUUGAAGCACAUUUUAUUUCUUUGAAAUCUAAAAAGCCACUGCUAGAUUGGAAAGACUGAAAUCCAAAUUUCUUUUUUUAUUUUGGUCUGGUCUGUAACUGUUAUUUUCUUUCUUUGUCACUCACAAGGCUCAUGUCCAUUUUCCUUUGACAGCUUUUCAGUGUACUCUUGAACAUUUUAAACUGUGAUCAUGUGUUUGAUUUAUCUGCUUGAAAUAUAAAAUGAAUGUAUGUGUCAUUCUGCCUUUGUGUUGAUAGGUAGUUGUUUCCUCCUCUUUUAUGGUUAAUCAUAGUCACCAGGUAUCUGUUCUAUGCCUAUGUAACUUUCCCUUUAGCUGUUGAAAACUUACUUUGUAUGGCCACUUUUUAUUCUUUUUUUCUUGUGUUCUUUGAUUGUGACAUUGUUUUGUAUUGUGUAAUUACAUUUUUACAUGUCCUCAUACAUAGAUUUAUAUUAGAAUGCCUCAUAAAUGCAUUGCAUGGACGCCCCAAGUUGAAUGCUCAAAACUGAGUUUAGAGCCAUAGUUAGAUACAUAGGCUGUUUCAAACUAAAACCUAGUAAAAAACCUGUCCAAGCAGUAGUUAGCAUUUAGCUUGUAUAACCAUCACAGCUGCCAUGAAUUGACAAUGUCUCAUAGUUGGCAUGUAUAGUCACCCAUGACAGAACACUAUGUAUGUACAGAAAAUUUGCAACUGUAUCAACCUUAACACUGGACACUUGCUGCCAAGACAGGAAAAAAACAAAUCCCCAAAUAGAGAGUUUUUCAAAUAUUUGUCAGCUGUAUGCCCAUGACAAACUGCAUCAUAGUUCCAUGAGGCACUUGCAUUUUACCUAAGACCCAGUUGCUGAAGGGCAACAGUGCAUAAAGACGUUUGGGUUAAACCUUGUUGUUGCUAGUGUCAUGUCAGUCAUCGACUCAUACCCCAGUCGCAGGAGACUCUCAGUAGUUUACACAGAGCUUUUUGUUAGGUGUCUGUUGGCGGUCCAUUUGACUGGCUUUCAUCUAUCUGAAGUUUACAACAAGAGAUUUAAAGAAAAGGAAAAACGCGGAGUCUGACUGAGUCAUGAGACAGAGAAGGGAAUGCUGAACAUUACAGUUAGUUAAUAACAUUUGAUUUUCAUUUCUGAGAUAUUUUUCAUCAGUAAUGCGUAAAACGAUAAAAUGCCAUGCUUUUUGGAGUGCUGUUGCUACUAGCAACUGUUCAACAGUUGACUUUGCAUCUUCGUGAAACAUGCAACUCAUGAAACAUUUAAACCAUCUCUAUUUAAACCAAUACUAAAGCCAUCCUGUAUUGUUCUUAUAACCACAGCUAUCACCACACAAUGUGUAGCAGAACAGGUCAGACACUUAGCUUAAAAGACAUUUGAUUCAAAUAUCCCCUAUUGCCUACUCCAUGUGACAGGGAUAUAGUACUGUUAUAUGAUUGCUUGGUUUGAGUUUGCCAUUAAAUCACUGCAUUUUGUAUUAUCAAUUUCAGUUGUAAAGCCACAAAGAUGAUUGCCAAUAGGUCAAUUUUACAUGCUGUUUUAUGUACACACAACAGUACAAAUGCCAUCCAAAUUAUGUUUACUUGAUCCCAGCUCCAAACAGAAAAUAAAAGCCUUAAAUUUUA